AUGUCUGAAGCGCCGGUCAACCCUGACGCAGACGGUGGUGUUGUUUCUGCACCGCCACUACUCCAGCCUUUGUUACGGAAUUGGGCGAAAGGCCAACGCCUCGCUUUCCUCGAAAACUUUAUCAGCGACUACCAGGAAGCUUUACUCACAAAAAAGUCUUCCUCGGUCCUCGAUUCCAUCAUCAACCAAUGGUUCUCACAGUAUCAUUGGACCAUUCCUCUUUGCGCUCCUGACGACGCGACGCCAACUAUCCUACCUGUUGAUGCGCAAGGUCACGAAGUUCUGAUGUCGGCGGACUCAAUCCUCAAGGGACGAGUAAUCGAACGCGCGCGCAAUUCUCUGUAUCAUUGGUAUGAAUACCGCUGCAAACGAACGACAACACUUCCACGCACUCGUAAAGGAGACAAGGAUCCAGUCUCUGCCCUGGUGAAUCAGCUUCUCGGACGGAAUGGCUCGUCGUCAAGGCAUACUGCAGGUUGGGAGGUUUGGGGAAAGGAGCACUUCCCCUCGUUCAAGGACCAAUUCGAGGCGGAGUUCGCUGCCAGUGGCCGACGGAAGGCUGAAUGUGCAGCUGCACGGAAUGACUUCAAGUUAGUGCGUUGGAAGGAGCUCGAUGAAGAGACACAACGUCUGUGGGACGAAAAGGUGAAAAGCGUGCAUUCGGCCAAAAAAACCGCCGCGAACAAGAACUCGGCGGCGUCAGGGUUGUUGGCUCCUGCCAAAGCUCAAUUAGUUUUAGACAAACUCCCGAAUCUGUUGGGACCUGUCAUGCAAAUCAUCAGAGAGACAGUGGGCAUGAAUAUCAGCGUCUUAAUUGGUGGCCCUGAGCCAAAGAGGAAGGCUGUGGAGGAGCAGCGCGCGCGCGCUUUACCUGACAAACCGCCUAGUGAUGAAAACACCAUCACUGGGCCUUCAUCCUCUGGCAUUGACUCGUCACCCCCAACUACUGCCCUGCCCCCAAACCCCUCGGAUAUAGCAGGUAACGAACGUAAGCGGAAGCGCCAUGUGGAAAAGAAGGACAAAAAGGCUAAGAAGAGCCGAACGAUGCACCAGAAGGGCAAGAAGCACCACAAGCGGCCAAACAAACACCGCAAAUCGAAGGCCGCCUCUGAUGAGGAUGAGUCCAGUACUGAAGCCUCCUCAAAGUCUUCGGAAAGUGGUGGGGACGACAAGGACAAGGACAAGGAUAAGGACAAGGACGGGGACAAGGACAAGGACAAGGACAAGGACAAGGACGAUGACGACGAUGACGAUGAUGACGAACCAGUCAAUACACGGUCCACCAAACGCACGUCGAUGGAUCCGAAGCGCUGGAAAGUCAAACCCACGACAGCUGUCAAAGCUGUUAAAUCCAUCAGCAUCAACAUCGAGCCUGUCAACACCAAGACCGCUCCUCUUCCCUCUCUCCCGGUGACUGCACCUUUGCCCCCUCCCCUUUCUCAACCUCCAUCUCCAGUUCGCCCCUCGCCAGUUCAAAUUUCACAAGCAAGUCCCCCCCCAACAUCCAACCCUUCCGCGCUUCCUGUUCUUCCCAUUGCUCCAUCAGCACAAGAAGCAGCCUCAUGGCCUUCUUGGUUCGCUGAUGCCCACAAAUGGCUGUCAAGUCAGGAUCUAGGCCCCGACUUCGCAUUUUUGAUCAAACAGUUCACCGAUUUAGAGCGACUUACCGACUUCGCCCUGGGGGCGCGUUCUGCAGGUUUCAAAUCGGACAACAGGCCUGCAGAAGUUCAUUAUUGGAUUUCUCGUGGGCGAGCAACACAGCCAACGGUCGACAAGGUGGCUGAGUUCGAGAAGCAGUGGUGGAAGUGGGGGAAGGGGCUUCAACCCGAUUGGAGGGCCAUUUCAAAUGUGGAUGGUGCUCUCGACUCCUCGCAUCGCUUGGACUUGGUCGAUGGUGCCAAUUGGUCAGCGGUAAACAAACACGGGAGGAACGGUUUUUAUUCGGUGAUGGCAACUCUUGUCUGGUGGGGUGUAGCGCUCCCCGCUCCGUCCACUACAGAUGAAGAUUGGAUGGCGGCCGUUCGGGAUGUGGGAUGGGUGCUCGCUGGUCUGUUGGAAACCAGCUCGCCAACGCCGAUUUCUACCAGUGCUUCACACGCGCAUGGCUCGUCUACAUCAAUUUCUACCAGCACCUCGCGCAAACGCAGGUGCUAG